AUGAGUGCCGAACGUGCCCAAUCGUCCAAAAGACGAUGCGUCAGCACAGCUUGUGUUGCUUGUCGUAAAAGAAAGUCAAAGUGUGAUGGAAACCUGCCCAGUUGUGCAGCUUGCUCCUCUGUAUACCAUACACCUUGUGUAUACGAUCCAAACUCGGAUCACCGUCGCAAAGGUGUUUAUAAGAAAGAUACCGAUACAUUGCGGACCCGAAAUACCACUCUGCAGACAUUGAUACAGGCGAUACUAAACUACGACGAAGCAGAUGCUUUUGAUCUAGUGCGCCAGAUCCGCUCUUGUGAUGACCUAGAUGAUGUAGCAGCUUCGGUGAUUGCCCAGGAGAAGGGGCUUCUGUCUGUUGAUCAAGCCGCAGAAGGGACCACCAGCAAUGUCAAUGCGACUGAGAUAGAUCGAUUUGAAUCGGAAUUGGCUGGUAAGAUGAGUGAGCUGAUGCUUGACGGGUCACGCAAAUUUAUUGGAGGCACCUCGAACCUCAUUUUCUUGCCACAAGGUUCAGAGCUACACGAGUCUGCUGCGAUUCAAAACAGUCUCGGUUUCGGUACGGGUGGUCAAGCUCACGCAGUCAACCGAUGGACCCGAGUGACGGAGGACGACUCGCUAAUCAGUCAUCUGAUGACCAUGUACUUUACAUGGCACUACCCGUUCUUCACCAUCCUGUCCAAAAGUUUGUUCUAUCGGGAUUACAUCCGUGGAAUCUCCAGUUCAUAUUGUUCUGCACUGCUUGUCAAUGCUAUGCUUGCUCUGGGCUGCCAUUUCAGCUCUUGGCAAGGUGCUUUUGAUGACGGCCAGAAUCUUGCAACCGCGGGAAAUCAUUUCUUCAGAGAGGCAAAACGGCUCAUCGCGGAAAAUGACGAACACGAGAAUUCAAAACUUUGCACUGUCCAGGCCUUCGCGCUCAUGUCUGUCCGAGAGGCGGGAUGUGGCCGUGAAGGAAAAGGCUGGGUCUAUAGUGGCCUAAGCUUCCGUAUGGCUUUUGAUUUGGGGUUGAAUCUCGAUUCCGCAAAUCUCGGGGCGAACAAUCUCAGCGAUGAAGAAAUUGACGCUCGCCGGAUCACCUUUUGGGGUUGCUACCUUAUCGACAAAUGCUGGUCAAAUUACCUUGGUCGCCAACCCCAGCUGACCUUGACAAACGCCAACGUGCCCAAGUUUGAUGUCUUGCCACAAGAGGAAACCGAGUUAUGGUCGCCCUACACCGAUGCUGGCGUUGGCCACGACCACGCGCAACCAUCACGAAUCCGGGCUGUUGCGCUCCAAAUUUGCAAGUUGUCUGAGAUCAGCAGCGAUGUACUUGUAUUCUUUUAUCAUCCAACAGAGCUGGAGAAAUCCGCGCCCAAACAGUCGGAACUGAAGAAAUUGAGUGACGUUCACACCCGGCUUGAGGCCUGGAAAAACAACUUGCCCAAGGAACUUGUGGCAAAAGAAGGACAGCUACCUCAGGUGCUGGUCAUGCAUAUGCUGUAUCAACUUCAGAUAAUCCAUCUAUACCGGCCUUUCUUGAAAUACACCAAGGCCAACACUCCACUUCCUUCUCAUGUCUCACCUCGCAAGAUAUGCACGCAAGCUGCGGCCACGGUUUCCAAGCUUCUACGUGUAUACAAACGAGGAUAUGGAUUGAAACAAAUUUGUAACAUUGCUGUCUAUAUCGCCCAUACUGCAUGCACUAUUCACCUUCUCAAUCUCCCCGACAAGAACGCCCAAAGAGACGUGAUCCACGGCCUCAAGAACCUUGAAGAAAUGGCAGAGGGCUGGCUCUGUGCCCGACGUACCCUCCGCAUUCUCGAUAUAUCAGCAAACAAGUGGCAAGUAGAGCUACCCCCCGAAGCAACCUCCAUAUUCGAACGAACCCAUAACAAGUGGGGGUCCUGGGGCUCUUGGGACCAAGCAAGUUCCCCCUCAACAUCCGACGACUCCCCCGUUGCAGCCAUACUACACCAGCCCACAAGCCCAAGUCGAUUCUCACCAUCUGCCCAAUAUCCACCCGAACCCCUCCCAGCCAACCCCAUCACAAUGGUCGGAACAUCCAUGAGCUCCCAAUACGCUCCGGCCCCUUCGGAUUUUGCUCUUCCCGAACCAACAUAUCUCCGGCCACAAAUGGCCUACCAAUUCCCUCCAUUCACAGCUGCAGUUCCAAGUCCCUCUUCCCCCCACCCGAACACAUGGUAUGAUGCCUCCGGCGGUCAGAUUCCGCCACCAAACACAACGCCGACAUCGAAUGAAUCCCCCGUCUCCGGAUAUGACGGCACUGAGAACCUGGUCGACGAGAGCCAGGAUUGGUGGUCGAGAAAUGCUAGCGCUUACGGAAUCGGCAUGGAUAAUUGGAAUAAUACAUGGAAUCCUUCUCCGCAAAACCAACCUAUGGUUUCCUACCAUCAGGCCAAUCUUAUGCCUGUUUCUCAGCCGUCUCCCACUGGUCCAGAGCAGCCUCGAGCUCAUGUUGGAAUGUCCACAGUUGGAUCACCCGCGGAUCCUAGUGAUGCUGCCGGGUAUGGAGAUAGAUGGAAAUAA